GCCUUGUUUGCCACGCUUGGUAUUGUGCUGCACGGCGCGUCUCCUGGGACUCCGCGCUCAUAUUGCGGACCCGAGAAGCCUUGGAUGACUGCGCAUACAUGCUCACGCUGAGAAACAAUCGAUCAUAUGGCAAAAAAUUUGAUAUCUUGCAGAUUCAAGACGACCCUCAAAAGCCACACGCCCACAUCUGGCCAAUGCGCAUUCCCGGGUAUUUCGUACCGCGAUUGGAGCAGCUGAGACUAAACAACUUCGACUGGACAGCAACCAGACCACAUGAUCUCUUCUUCCGCUUCCUUUCCUAUUACACCAGCAUCAAAACUCUGGCAAUCGGGCGGUGCCAGUUUCGCAGUAUAGCGGAACUCCGUAGGAUCUCCACCGCACUCCCGAGCCUCGAAAACCUGUUUCUCGCGGAGAUCACACUGCAGCACCAACUCGUGCCAGGUUCGGUGUCGCGCUAUGUUCCCAAUUUGUCUCGCAACAAGCUCAAGAAAAUGAUUAUUGGGAGUGUCAGCCUUGCCAUUUCUCAUGGCUUUGCGCCGGCGAGGGACGCUCACAUUCCAUCUGUAUACCAUCAAUUCCUAUGGGAUGUAUGUGUCACGUACUCCUACGUGACAGAGCUACAGUUGGACCUGUGCUACUACUCUUCGCUCUCGAGUCUUCAUCGCUUUCUACACCAUUUCCCACAUCUGUCUCGCUUGUUGCUACAGUUGCUACACGAUUCAGAGCUCGGCUCCCAUGUCGAGCCUGCAUCAGCAGCAGACCUGGCCCUAUACACAGCACAUGCACUCAACCCCCCUCUGUCGGUCUUACGAUUCAAACAUGUGCCUUCGUCGUUGGCGCUACAGAUUCUACUGGUAUUAUCCCCGCAAGCUUGUAGCAGACUGGAAGCCCUGCGGUUUUCCUUUCAGUGCUUCCAGCCGCAUGAUCGACAAUGUGCAGAGUUUGUACUACGUGUUACAGAGGUUCUACGUCUCGCCGGAGCUGGGCUGAAGACGUUUGAGUGGGAACAUGCUCCUGUUGAUGGUAAAUACUCGAUCCGCGAUGACGUACCGCGACUUACAGCAAACACAUCACUGACAAACCUGACGAUCGCUCUCUGUGUCGAUCCAUCACCCACGAGCAUCCAGAGGGCCCUGGAUACCUUGUUAUCUGACAUACGAAGCCCGCAUCUGGAGCGACUCACGAUCUACAUCCACCUGACUCCGAGUCGGACCCGCUACGACACGUCUGAAGAUAGGGACGAGACCUCAGUCAGCGCAGACCCUCCCGGCUCCACCUCCACUUUCCAUGCUAUACUCUCUCGUAGCAUCUUUGACCAACUUCCAGCACUUUCUGGGGACUCCGCCCAGGGUACCAGUGUAUUCAUUGAAGUCGGAUGGGCCUACUAUGGCUCACCGGUGUCUGAGCCUCAGGAGGAGGCGGCUCGAACCACCGCAUUGUCUGCGAUCAAGUCAAACAUGAUCACUCUGUUCGCGCCGUGGCUGGAUCGCGGAGUCAUGCAGCUCUAUUUCGAUCCCGAUCCCGACGGUGAAAUGUCCGUCACUCGUGAUUCCUCAUCAGUACUCCGUGUCCUUGGGACUCGGACGCAUGCCAGUAUAAAGGAGAUAGCAGACUCGGAGCCUGACGAUGGACACGAAGACCAUGCGCGUGAUGCCAGUGGAGAUAUGGAGACAGAAGAUCCAAUUCCCCCGCAAUAGACAGUGCGCUAGAAUAUGCAGGACUGGCCGGUGAUCAUCAUUUUUCAACGACCGAACUCGGAGAGCUUACUAGACUGAGACACCGUGUCUCGGUGAGCGGGGACGGGAGCGGCAACCCGUCGCACCUCUCUCUACCGCAAUCGCGUGCGGUCGAAUCGUGGAUCAUGUAUCAUCAUAUAUCAUAGCCGAAGAAGAACGGCAUUGGACAUUGUGGGGUGAAGGAAGAAACAUGCGGAGAGAGCGGUAAUGAGAGCUUCGCGAGACGAGGAUGGUUCAUAAACACGCAGAACUCACAGGGUACCGUUGUAUGGCGACUCGGAUUCCCGUAUUUAUCGAAAAUGCUUCACUUGUUUGUCGCCGCGGUGCGGAUAACCCUCGGUCAUAGCCACUCUUAGGCUCGCGCGUCAG